GACACAAUGGACCGUAGUCGAAGAGAUUCUGGUGGCCCUUAAUAACCCCAACAAGAAGCAGACACAAUGGGUCGCAGUUCUAAGGACAAACGAGAUGUUUACUACAGGCUGGCCAAAGAAGAAGGCUGGCGGGCAAGAAGUGCAUUCAAACUCAUCCAGAUAAAUGAAGAGUUUAACAUUUUUAAUGGUGUGACACGAGUUGUAGACUUGUGUGCUGCACCUGGUAGCUGGAGUCAAGUGUUAUCACGCACUCUUAGAGGUGCAGCACCAGAUCCAUCUGCAGUGAAAAUAGUGGCAGUAGAUCUUCAAGCAAUGGCUCCACUUCCAGGGGUAGUUCAGCUACAGGGUGACAUAACAAAAAUAAGCACAGCAGAAGCAAUCAUUAGUCACUUUCAGGGUGACACUGCACAACUGGUAGUGUGUGAUGGUGCUCCAGAUGUGACUGGCCUUCAUGACCUUGAUGAGUAUGUGCAAGCUCAGUUGCUGCUGGCAGCCUUGAAUAUUACUACCCAUAUUUUGGCACAAGGAGGAACCUUUGUUGCUAAGAUCUUCCGUGGUAAAGAUGUUACUCUCCUCUAUGCUCAACUCAAGAUUUUCUUCAAGCGUGUCACAGUGACCAAACCUCGCUCUUCACGAAAUUCAAGUAUUGAUACUUUGGGUGAAGGAGAGUUGUAUGAGUAUCGACCUCCAACUCAACCUCCAAUCAACCCAGCAUAUACAGCAGCAGUUGCUAUGAAGCGUCAGCGGCACCUGUUUUCAUCUACCUCUGCCAUUUCUACCUAUAAAAGCGAAAAUGACAUAACUAAUGAAAACAAAAGUGAAGAAAUUGAGCAGUCCAGUAUGGUAGCUGGUGAUAAUGAAAGUGAAAAUUGCAUGACAACUGAAAAUGAAAGCAAAAAACAAGAACAGUCGAUUGCUUCAGCCAGUGACCCUAAGACUGAGGCUGCGAGUAUAACCUUAAAAGACUUACACAUUGGUGAUAAUCACACCACUAAUAUUUCAUAAGUCAUUACUCAAUUUUGCCAUUCAUUAGCAUAGUACCAUGUAUUUAUAUUUAUAGAAUUUUAGGCAUUUUUAAUCUUUAAUUAUUGUUUAACCCUUUCAGGGUGCGUGCCGUAGAUCUACGGCUUUACGUUCAGAGUCCAAACCGUAGAUCUACGCCAUGAGCUCAGCUCACUCUGAUAAGCUGUGAGUGGUAAAUUUAGGCCUAGAUAUGAGAGAAUACAUCUAUGUAGUAUGUGUGCACCACAUAAAACAAAUCCUGCAGCACACAGUAUAUAAUGAGAGAAAAAAAAACUGAGACCGUGAUUUUCGAUUAAAACAGCGACUUUGCAGUGCUUUUUCAUAUAUUUUUUAUAGUUGUAUUUGCGAUUUCUUGGUCUCAUUUGAUAGAAUGGAAGACAUAUUACAGAAAUAGAGAUGAUUUUGAUUGGUUUUAGCACUGGAAAUGGCUUGAAACUGAGCUCAAAGUAGCAGAAAUGUUGAAUUUUUGCCAAUGUUCAAGAGUAAACAAACGACCUCACACGUCUAAUACACGCCAGCUGGUGGGUCUAAUAUACAUUCACAAAUGCGGUGAUGAUAUUUAUACAAUUAUUACAGUAUUGCAUAACAGUAAAUCUUCUAUUUUUUGGUUUGAAUAAAAAUUCAUUAUGUGAAUAAAAAACAAAAUGGAAUUAAUUUGUAAAGCCUCAAAACAUAACUAAUGAACAGAGGAAAUGUUAGUUUAGUGCCAGGAAUACCUACAUUGUUUAUUCUGGAGUCUAUUUUGAAAUUGGAAUAUUCUGAACUUCAUGUUAAAUUGGCCAAAUUACCAAUUUCCGAUCACUGAAAUUCUUGUGCUCAGUCGAUAGAAUAGAAGUAAUACUAGUGAAAUAGCUAAGAAUUUGGUCGACUGGAAUAAUGUAAUUGGCCUAAAAUGGGAGUCUAAGUCGGCAAAGUCGCCGAUUCGUAAAUAUUGCUUACACAUCAAAAUUCGCGAGAGCAUAAUUUCAUCAAUUUUCCAUCAAAUUUUGUACUUUUUGUUUUAUGACCUUCAGAAAAAGAUUCUCUACCAUUUCAUAAGAAAAAAUAACAAUUUUUUUUUUUUAAAUUCUUGGACCCUGGUGCUCACUUUGAAAU